AAACCACUUUUGACAUAAACAUAGACUUCCUCACCUGUGCCCUUAGAUUUUCGCAACCUCACUCUGUUUGUUCACUGAAAAACCCCAUCACCGCAACUAGAAGUUUUAGAACACCACCACCUUUGGAGAGAGAGAAAAUGGCAGAAUCUGAAGAGAUACUAAUCAGCUCACUCAGAAAUCUGGGGAUUGAAAUUCCAGCUCAAAUCAAUUCAAUUAAAGAUCUUGAUUCUUCUUCUUUCUUCUCCAUCUCUUCCCUAUCUCUCCACCUCCUCCUUCACAACACCACCGAUACGUCGUCGUUUCCAACCUCGUUGCCUGAUUCAAUGGCAGAAAAGGUCAAUUCUUGUACUCACAUGGCUUCCCUUUUUGAGAAGUUGGAGUACCCUUUUGAGAUCAGCUUCCAUCAGUUCCUGUACCCAUCUGAAGAGGACUUGCAUAAGUUGAUCAGAUUUUUGGUGGAAAGGCUUUCUGGAUUGUCUGAAGCCAGAAAAACUGUCAACUUUGCAGAUGACGUGAGACCGAUCAGUGAUCAACUCAUUUCAAGUACCUGGUCUGAGAAAACUGCUGAAGCUGAACCUUUGUUCAAUCCGAACAAUCAGAAAGUUAGAUCAGAAGAUGAUCCGCAAGGAUCAUCAAAUCACAGUGCCGAAGUUCCAUCUUUUGAAAAUAUUCCUAUUUAUGAGAAAUUGGAUGUGGAAGCUAAAGCUAGCAAAGUUGAUGAGCAAGAAACAGUGGCAUGUACGAGAGAAUUGAUCACGAAGGGUGCUCAAGUUGAGAAAACUACUGUUGUUACAGAUAGUUUCAUACCUGAGCAGGAAUCAAAGUCUUGUGAAGAGUUCUCACCCGAGUUGAGAUGCAUGUUGGAAAGCAUAUGUGAUCCUGAGAAGGCUACGGAAAAAGAUCUCGAAUUACACCAUCUAGAGGAAGAACAUGAAUUACUCAAAGAAGCGGUGAGAAUGGCUCAUGAUAAUGAGCAUUCUUUCAGUUCCUAUGUUGAUCAGCUCAGCAAACAAAUAGCCGUAAGACAAGGAAGCCUUCAAGAAUUGGAGAACCAUUGGGACAUUGAAAGAAAGUCUUUGGAAGAAAAAGAGUGGAAUUAUCUGGAGUCCCUUUGUGUGGAUAAACCUGAUUGUCAGCUGAAACUGCAGAAUCUUAAAGAAAUAGAUAGAGAGAUACAUUCUGUUUUAUCUGAAAUCAAAAAGAGGGAAGGGGAGUGUGCUAAACUUGAGAGUGAUAUGAAGAAGCAGCCAAAAGUUGCUUCUAGGAGAUCAUAUAUUGAAAGGAUCAAUGAGAUUACAAAGAACAGUCGGAAAUUGGACACAGAUGUCGAUCGCAUCUUGAAGGAGACAAGGGAGCUUAAGUUGGAGAGUAACUCAGUUGAGGAACGCCUUCAUCGAACAUACGCAGUGGUUGACGAAACAAUAUUAAGGGAAGCAAAGAAAGAUCCCGUAGGUCGUCAAGCGUACAGGCUCCUAACAAAUAUACAUGAAAGCUUUGAAAAGAUACGAGAGCAGAUCUUUGCAACUGAUAAAGCUCAAAGAGAAGUUGCUGAACUUGAAGUUAAGCUUACAGCAAUUGCCUCCCGGAAUUUGGAUAGGGAUAAAUUGCAAUCCGACUUGGAUGCCAUGAGAAGAGAGAAUGAACAUUUAGAGAAAACCCUCAGCAAUCGUUAGUAAGUACAAAUUUACUAGAUUGAAUUUGUGCUUUGAUUAUAUUUUCUGAUGAUAUAUUUAGAGCUCAGACAGUUUUUUUUCAUUUCUUUGUAAAAUUCCCAAAUUACAAAAUGAUUGCGAGAAAACAAGAAGAUUGAACACUUGUACAAGUUUACAUUUUUACUUCAAAAUGAUAUAUUUAUACAA